AUGAAAAUCAUCUUGUUUGCAUUGGUGUCAGGAACGGCAGCCAUUCUGUUUGGUGGGGGCGGAGGCGGUGGAGGAUGCGGAUGUGAAGACACAUCGUGCUUACCCAGAUUCAAUCCACCUCGACUCACCUGUCAACGUCAAUGUUUCUCCAUUCCUACACUUGCGAUACCUUCACCAUGCGGCUGUGGAGGACGUAAGAAGAGAGCGAUCAAAGGCGAUGCCCAAUGUACUGAUCCAGAGCUUCGAAAACUCAUCUUAGCGGGAAUCCAAAAUGAUGUGAACGAAUCACGUAACAACAUUCUCGCAAGCCUCAGAGAAAAGCAUGCUGACGCCCGUUACUUGGUGACGUGCGUCCAAGGCUCGGCCGUGUUCCAAUCUUCAGCGGACGAACAUUGCUCAGAUGGUACGGUUCAACUGACGUGCUACGUCGCCCGAGCAAACGACCAGGCGCACUCCUAAGAAUGGAAAACAAGCCGACAAUAGGCUCUAGAGUUCUAGUAAAUUAUGUUCUCGGAGCUCAGUAUGUCAUCGUGCAUGUAAUAGCCAUCCUCCCUGCUAUGAUAGUGUUAUCCAUCCCAUGAUGUGCCUUUCAAUCUUAAUUGUCUUUAUAAUAUGAAUUAAUGUAAACCCCCGAGCGCCUCUCACUUGGUCUUACGAGGUUCGUGAGGGAAUCUUCAAAAGCAUAUUGAGACGUUUUCUUUGAAACAGAAAUGAAUAUUGUUCCUGCUAAAUGGCU